AUGUUGAGAUUCGUUAUUCAAAAUCUUCGAUCUCAAGCAAUCAGCGCGUUUCAACCUCACCAACAACAGCAGUAUAGUCACCAACACGGUAACGAGACAUUUUAUAUAAACAUAACUAAUGUGAAAUCUAUCUAUCUAUCUAUCUAUCUAUCUAUCUAUCUAUCUAUCUCAUUCUGUUCAUAUCUAUCUAUCUAUCUCAUUCUGUUCAUAUCUAUCUAUCUAUCUCAUUCUGUUCAUAUCUAUCUAUCUAUCUCAUUCUGUUCAUAUCUAUCUAUCUAUCUUAUUCUGUUCAUAUCUAUCUAUCUAUCUAUCUAUCACAGUCUCUUCAUAUCUAUCUCUCUAUCUAUCUAUCUAUCUAUCUAUCUAUCUAUCUAUCUAUUCUGUUCAUAUCUAUCUAUCUAUCUCAUUCUGUUCAUAUCUAUCUAUCUAUCUAUCUAUCUAUCUAUCUAUCUAUCUUCUUAUUCUGUUCAUAUCUAUCUAUCUAUCUUAUCUAUCUAUCUAUCUAUCUAUCUAUCUAUCUAUCUAUCUAUCUAUCUUAUUCCGUUAAUUUCCAUCCGUGUCUAUCUCUCUCUUUCUCUCUCUAUCUUAUUCGUUUUUCUAUCUAUCUAUCUAUCUAUCUAUGGCAAAUCUUCAUUCAUCUAUCUAUUUCUAUCCCCGUGUGUCUCUCUCAUGCGAGGUCCUAGUAUAUUUUUCUUUGUCCGUCAGGUUUUCUCUCUCGGUGACCUGCUGACACAGUCACGACCGCUAUCUGGCUAA